AACACCCGCCGCGCGGCAGGGAAAGAGAAGCAGGAGGAAGAAAAGAGGCUGCGUGUCCCGCCCCAGCUCCGUUUCCUUCCGGGUUGCGGCACACCACCUCCUCCUUGGCCUCUCGCCCCCCGUGCCAUGAGGGCUGCUGACGGGAGGGACGCCCCGGAGGGCCCGCUCAACCCAGGGCGAGAGCUGCCCUUGUCCCGGGGGGGCGGGAGCCACGCGGCGUCCCAGGACAAGCUCUUCUUAAUCAAAGGUGGAAUUUUUCUAGGUACCGUUGCUACUGCAGGAAUGAUAGCAGGUUUUGGCACCACACUUGCCAUGACAAAAAAGAAGAACCCAGACUGGUUCAGUAAGGGGAUUACUGCCACGGCUACAUUACCAGAGAGUGGUUCGUCACUGGCUUUACGAGCCCUAGGAUGGGGCUCACUGUAUGCGUGGUGUGGAGUUGGAUUGCUAAGUUUUGCCAUCUGGAAGGCUCUGGGUGUGCACAGUAUGAAAGAAUUCAAAACUAAAAUGCAGUCAAUGUUUCCAGCAAUUCCUAAAAAUACUGAGUCCACUGUUGAAUGGGAAGACUUACUUAAAUCGAAGUGAAAGACGUGGAGCCAUUUGGAGAUGUCCCUUCAGUAAGAACAGGAGCUGAAGCAGCAGAAGUAUCCCAUCUGAAAAAAGAGAGAAGAAAACUUGGAGUGAGCAAGUUACCAAGUUCAGUGAUCCUGGGAAUGUCAAUUAACAUCUAGCAACAAGGGAAUUAAAAAACAAAACCAAGCAAAACAAUUUGUGUUGUACUUUUCAGCAUGCUCGGUAUAGUUAUUUUCUGAGGAAGUGAACUCCCCAGGAGAAGUUGGAUCCAAUUUGGAAAAAAAGACUCUAUUUUAUGAAGACUUAAAGAAGAAAUUGAUCUUCAGGACGAAACCCCAGUAAACUCUUAUCCCAUCCUGUGUCUUACAGAAGUUUUAGGAAAUUUCUCCAGGACACACAACAGUACUUUCAGUGACAUGUACAUAUCCCAUUAGGAAUGUAACAUCAUAGUCCACUGUAAGAGAUCUGUUACUGAGACUGAAGGUAAAGCAUACAGUGCAUUUUUCUAAAAAUAAAAGAGAUACUUAAAUUUGCAACAGAGAAAGUAUCUAAAUCAAACUAUUUCUUUGUGUCUGAAGAGAAAGUUUACAACAUCCAAUAUGCUGGCAGUGACCUACUGAGCUCCUCUGUAGAGCAUCAGAAGAGAUCUCUACAAAGUGCACUGUUUUCUCAGUGUUAGCUUUUUUAUUGGAUCCCGCAAUAGUGAAUCUGAUAAUUUGCAUAAAAGUUUCUACUGUAUUUGUAUACCAAUUUAAAUUGUGAAAAAGGUAUAAAAUUAUAAGACACACAGUGUGUCCUACGCAAUAUUUUCAGCUGAGAAAGUGUAUGGGCUGGGCUAAUUUUUUUGUAUUUCAGUUGUUCCUGUGGUUCUUCUACCUGGAGAAGCAAUGUGACACUUUUGCACACUGCAGUAAUCUCAUAAAAUGUGGGCAUACGGUGAAUAAUGUCUUACUCAAACAUUGUAUUUGCAGAACUGUAGAUCUGUAAAAAUGCAGAAAUAAUAAAAAAUAAAUGCUAUAAGUGAAAAAUC